AUGGGUGAAAGCCAAAAGAGAUCAUCAUAUGCAGACUGUUUCAGUAGUUCAAGAUCUUACAGUUCAAGCUCUGUUAGCUCAAGACCUAGUUCAGGCAGUAGCAGUUUAAGCAUCAGUGCUAUUUCAGUCUCGAGCAAUCUGACAUCUGCUUUAAGCAUUUGUAGUUCAAGUUUGAGCAGCUCUGUUAGCCUGAUUAUCUCAAGUGCAAGUAGCUUAAGUUUAAGCAGUGGUAGUUCCAGCAAUAGUUCCAGCCCAAGUUUCAGUAGUUCAAGAUCUUACAUUUCAAUUAAUGCAAGCUCUAGUUCAGGCAGUAGCAGUUUAAGCAUCAGCUCCAAUAGGUCAAGUCUGAGCUCUUCAAGUUUCAGUAGCUCAAGUUCUGCAUGCUUAUAUCCAAGUGUAUCAAGCAUUAGCAGAUCAAGUUGCUCGACUCCUAGCAAUCAGAACUUAAAUAUUUCAAUUUCAAACAGUCCAGUCUUAAGUCCAAGCCUUUCAAGUCUUCCAAGUUAUAGUAGUAAAAGCCUAAUUAGUUUGAGACCUAGCAACUAUAGUUUUAGUAGCUCUGGUCUUAGUUCCCCAAAUUUGAACAGUCCAAGUCUUUCAGUUUCGGCAAGUGGAGAACUAAAUUCAUCAAACUCUUUGAGUAUCACAAGUUCAAGCAGUAAGACAAGUACUUCUGUUUCUAUGAGUCUUCCUUUCAGUCAAACUUCUAGUAACUUUCCUCACAGCAGUUUUGGAUCCAGCACUCUAAGUUUGAGUUCAGAGCUUAGUUUCAAGAGCUCAAACAUUUCAAGCCAUUCUAGUGCAAGUCUUAGUACUCCAAGCUCAAGUAAUUCAAAUCUUAGCAUCCCAGGUUUGAGCUUAUCAGAUUCUGUGAGUCUAAGCUUAAGCUUAGAAUCUGAAAGCUCAACUCUAAGUACUUCAGGACAAAGUAUAUCAAGUUUGAUCAGUUCAGGUUUUAGUAUCCCAAGCUCAAGUGAUUUAAGCCUUCGUAGCUCAUGUUUAAGUAUUUCAAUUUUUAUAAGUUUGAACCAAAGUUCUAGCAACAGAGUUCCAAGUAUUUCCAGAUCUGGUACAUCAUGUCUGAGCAGUUCAGGUCUAAGUACUCAGGGCUUAAGUAGUUCAAGCUAUAGCAGUCAGAAUUUGAAUAGCAGUUCAACUCAUAGCCUUCCUAAUCUUAUUUCUGCAAGUUCUAUGAGUUCAAGCUUGAAACUAAAUUCCAGCAAGUCAAGUCUUAGUAGUUUCGGGCCAUGCAUUUCACUUGCUGUGAGUUCAAGCUCAGGGAUAAAGCUCAGCAGCUCUAGUAUAAUUAGUUUACGACCAAGUAUUUCUGUAAGCCCAAGCUCAAAGAAGAGUAGUACUCCAAGCUUAAGCAGUUCAAGUAUUUCAGUUUCUCUAAGUCUGGUUGGUAAUGGAACUUCUAGUAGCCAAACUCUCAGUAGCUCUGGAAGCAAAUUGAAUAGUUUAAUGCUUAGUUUCACAAGCUCAAGUAUUUCAACUCAUUGUAGUCCAGGUCUUAGUACUCAAAGCUCUAGUUGUUCAAGUCUUAUCAUCCCAGGUUUAAGUGCAUCAAGUUUAAGUAUUUCAUUUUCUUUGAGUGAGGGUUCAAAUCAAUGUUCUAGCAACUCACUUCUGAGUAUAUCUGGACCCAACACACUUUUGAGCAGUUCUAGUCAAAGUAUUCAGAGCUUAAGUAGUUCAAGCCACAGCAGUCCAAGUUUAGAUAUCAGUUCAACUCCUAGAAUUGCUAGUUUGAGUUCUAUGAGUUCAAGCUUAAAGCUGAAUUUCAGUAGUCUUAUCCAAAGCUUUAGUAGUGCAGUUCUAUUUAGUUCAAAUUCUACUACCCAAAGUUCAUUUAUUUCAAUUUCUAGUAGCCAAACUCUCAGUAGUUCUGGGUCCAGCAUUCUAAGUUUGAACAGUCUUAGUAUUCCAAGAACAAUUUUUUCAAGUAUUAGCAGUCCAGUUUUGAGUGAUUCUGUGAGUCCAAGCUUAAGCAGCUCAGUCCUUAGUACUUCAGGACUAAACUUAUCAAACAGUAUAGUUCUCAGUAUCUCUGAAGCCAGCACACCAUGUCUGAGCAGUCUAAGUCCAAGUACUCAUACUUUAAGUACUUUAAGUCAUAGCAGUCCAAGUUUGAAUAGCAAUUCAACUCAUAGCAUCCCUAGUUUGAGUUUUUCAAGUUCUAUGAGUUCAAGUUUAAAGCUGACUACCAGUAGCUUGAAUUAUAAUAGUCUGGGACCAAGCAUUUCACUUUCAAUGAGUUCAAGCUCAAGGCUAAUCUUCAGCAGUAGUUUAAGACCAAGGAUUUCUAUUUCUGCAAGCCCAAGCACAGAUGAGAGUUCUAGCAAUGCGGUUCUAAUUAGUUCAAGCCCAAGUACCCUUAGUUCAGGUUUUUCUAUUUCUAUGAGCUCAUUUACUAUGCAGACUUCUAGUAGUUCUAGUAGUUGUUCUGAAUCCAGCACUCCAAGUUUGAACAGUUUAUUGCUUAGUUUUCCAAGUUUAAGUAUUUCAAGUCAUAGUAGUCCAGGUUUUAGUACUCAAAGAUCUAGUUGUUCAAAUCUUAGCAUUUCCGGAUUGAGUGCAUCAUGUUCUGUGAGUACAAGCUCAAGCUUAGAAUACAAGAGUUCAAAUCUUAGUACUUCAGGACCUAGUAUAUCAAGUUUGAUCAGUUCAGGUAUUAUUAUCCCAAGCUUUAGUGAUUCAAGUUGUAAUAGCCCAUAUUUAAGUAGUUCAGUUUCUAUAAGCCAGGGUUCUAAUCAAAGUUCCAGCAGCUUUAUUCUGAGUAUUUCUGGAUCUAGUACACCAAGUGUGAGCAGUUCAAGUCUAAGUACUCAGAGCUUAAGUAAAUUAAGCCAUAGCAGUCCAAGUUCAAAUAACAGUUCAACUCAUAGCAUCCCUAAUUUGAGUUCUUCAAGUUCUAUGAGUUCAAGCUUGAAGCUGAAUCCAAGCAGCUCAAGUCUUAAUAUUUUGGGACCAAUUCAUUUACUAAUCAGACUCCUAGUGGCCAAAGCUCACAGAAGUUCUGGAUCUAGCAGUUUCAACAGUUCAGCGCUUAUUUUCCCAAGGUUAAGUGUUUCAAGUCAUAGUUGUCCAAGUCUUGGUGUUUCAGAUUUGAGUGUAUCAAGUUCUGUGAGUUCAAGCUUAAGCUUAGAAUUCAACAACUCAAUUCUUAGUACCUCAGGACCAAGUAUGUCAAGUUUGGUCAGUUCUGAUCCUAGUACCUCAAGGCUAAGUGGUUCAAGUAUAAGUAGCCCAUGUUUAAGUAUUUCUAUAAACCAGGGCUUUAAUGAAAGUUCAAGCACACAAGGUUUGAGCAGUUCAAGUCUAAGUACUCCAAAUCCACAUUGUUCAAGUCCUAGUACCCCUAGUUUGAGCUCUUCAAUUUCUAUGAACUUAAAGCUAAAUUCCAGCAGCUCAAGUGGCAUUUCACUUUCUAUGAGCCCAAGCUCUAGCAGUUCUAGCAGUCCAUAUCUAAUCACUUCCAGUUUGAUCAGUUCAAAUGCUAGUAUCCCAAGAUCAAGUAAUUCAAUGAGUGCACUUUCUACUGAAACUUCUAGUAGCAUAGUUUUCUGCAGUUCUAAAUCCACCACUUCUGGUCUAAGCAGUUCAGGACUUGGUUUUCCAAUAUUAAGUAUUUCAAGUCAUAGUAAUCCAAGCCCUAGCAUUUUAAGCUCCAGUUUGAAUACAUCUGUUUCUGUGAGUCUGAGUUCUUUAGAACAAUGCACAUCAAGUUUGACCAGUUCAGGUCUUAGUAUCCCAAAAUUAUGCAUUUCAAGUCUUAGCAGUCCAUAUUUAAGUACAUCAGUUUCUGUGAACCAGGGCUCUAGUCAAAGUUCUAGCAGCUUAGUUUUCAGCAGUUCUGGAUUCAGUACACCAAGUUCGAACAUUUCGAAUACUUCAAGUUCUAUGAUUACAAGCUUAAAUUUAAAUUCCAGUAGCUCAGAUCUUAGUAUUUUACGACCAAAUCUUUCAUUAUCUUUCAGUUCAGACCAAAGGCUAAAAUCCAGUAGCUCUGGUCUAAAUUCAAAUGAAAAUUUUAGCAGCUCAAUCAUAAUUAGUUUGAUAAAUUCAAAACCUAGUACCCCAAGCAAUUCUGGAUCCAGCACUCUAAGUUUAAACAUAUCAAGCCUUAGUUUUGAAAGCUUUAGUGUUUCAAGGCAUAGUCAAAAUCUUAGCACUCCAAUCUCUAGUUGUUCUGUUCGUAGCAUCCCAGCAUCAGGUUUUGUGAGUCCAAGCUUAAGCUUAAAUAGCUCAUUUCUAAACUUCCUAAGUACUUCAGGUUCUCUGAGUCCAAGCUUUAAGCUGAAUUCCAGCAGCUCAGGUCUUAGUAGUUUGGGACCAAGUACUUCACAGAGUUCUUUCAGCUCGGUUGGAAUUAAAUCAGAAUCUAGCACAUCUAACUUGAUUAGUUCAAUUCCUAAUAAUGGUAGUUCAAGUUCUAGCAUCCCUAUUGUGAGUGCUUCAGGUUUUGGAAGCCAGUGUUCAUGUAUUUCAUCUUCAGUGAGCCAAGAUUCAAAUAAAAGUUUUAGUAGUUCAGUUCCAAGUUCUGGAUCCAGCAUUCCAAGUCUUAAUAGCUUGAGGCUUAGUUCCCCCGAAAUAAGAUUUAGUGUCCCAAGAUUGAGCAGCUCAAAGCUUAGUACCCACAACUUAAGUAAUUCCAAUUACAGCAGUUCAAGAUUAAGUAGUUAUUUAACUCCUAAUACUCCAAGUUUAAUUAGUUCAAGCCUUAGCUUCCCGAAUUUGAGUUCAUGCUCUAUGAGUUCAAGCAUAAAGCUGGAUUCCAGCAGCUCUGGUCUCAGCAGUCUGGGGCCAAUUCUCUAUAGUUCAGGCCCUGGCACAUUAAGUUUAAUUAGUUUGAGUUCUAGCAUUCUGUUAAGUCCAUUUCCAAGCAUGAGCAGUUUAGAUUUCAGCAGCCCACAUUCAGUUGAUUCAAUUUCUUUAAAUUCAACCAUUUAUGUGAGUUCAAGUCUAAGUAAUUUGAAGACUAGUGUUUCAAUUUCUGUGAUUCAGAGUUCUAGUAGCUCAUUUCUAUUUAGGAUCCCAAGUGUGAGUAGUUCAAGUCUUAGCAGCCUAGGCUUAAAUCAAAGUUCUAGUAGCUUGGUUCUCAGUAGUUCUGGACUUAGUGCCACGAGUAUGAGCAGUUCAAGUCAUAGUAGUUCAAGUUAUAGUAGCCAAGGACUGGGUAGUAGCUCAAGUCAUAGUUCUCCAUUCUCAAGUUGUUCAAGUCUUAGUAUCUCGAGUUCUAGCUCAAGCAUUAAACUGAAUUCCAGUAGUUUGGAAAUGAACAUUUCGUUUUCUUUUAGUCAAAGCUCAGUCCUAAAUUCUGGCAGCUCAGGUGUAGGUAGUGCAGGAUGUAGCACAUCAAAGUUAAGUAGUAUAAACUUAAGCAGUUCAAUUCCUAGCAUAUCGAUAGUGAGUAGUUCAUGCAUUACCACAUUAAAUUCCAUUACCUCAAGUUCAAGUAUUUUAGAGUCCAGCACUCCAGUUUUGAGUAUUUCAAGUCUUAGUACCCCUUGCAUAAUUCAUAGCAAACUGAAUUCCAGCAGCUCUGGUCUAAAAAGUUUUUCAGUAUCAGUGAGUCCAAGUCUAAACUUAAAUUCCAGUAGUGCAAAUAUAUUUAGUCACAGUUCUAUCAGCUCAGUUCUAAGUAGUUCAGGAACUAGUGCUCAUAGUCCAAGCAUCCAAAUUGUGAGUAGAUCAAGUCUUAGUAUUUCUGGAACUAUUGCCCCAAGUUUGAGUAGUUUAAAUCUUAGCACUUUAAGCUUAAAAACUCCAAGUUACAUCAGUUUGAAGAGUUCAAGUUCAACGUCCCUAAGUCAAAUUAGUUCAGCAAUAAGUAGUAUUUCAAGACUUAGUACGCCAAGCUACAGUAGUAAAAGACUGCAUAACAGUUUGAAUCUUAGCAUCUCAAGUUUAAGCAGCUCAGGUUUAAGUAGUCCAGGAUGCCACAUUUCGGUUUCUGUGGGGCCAAGCUCAACCUUUUUUUCCAGCAGCUCAAUGCUAAGUAGUUUGAGACCUGAUAUUUCAAUUUCUGUGAGUCUAAAUUUCAGUAACUCGGGUUCUAUGAGCCAGAGCUUUAAACCUACUAUUUCUACUAUGUCUGUGGGGCCAAGCUCAUGUCAGAGGUCUUGUAGUUCAUUUCUAAGUAAUACAGGACCUAGCCUAUUAAGUUUCAUCACUUCAAGUCUUAACAUCCCAAGCUUAAGUAGUUCAAGCUUUAGCAUCCCACUUGUAAGUUCUCUAAAUCUUAGCAUCCCUAUUUUGAGUAAUUCAGGUUCUGUAAGUCAAAGCUUGAAGAUGAAUUCAAGUAACAUAGGACACAGCACUCCAAGUUCAGUUCUAAAUUCUAGUAAAUCAAGACCAAGUAUUUCCCUUUCUGUGAGUACAAGUUCAAAUCAGAAUUCUAGUAACUCAUUUCUGAUUAGUUCAUCAGGUUUCAUGUCUUCAAAGCUCAUUAUUCCAAGUCCAAGUGUUUCAGCUUCUAUGAGCCAAAGCUCUGAUGAAAGUACUAGCAGCUCCUUUCUCAGCACAUCUGGAUUUAGCAUUCAAAGUUUGAACAGUUCAACUAUCAGUUCAUCAAGCCUAAGUAGUUCAAGUCUCAGUUCAUCAAGCUUAAGUAGUUCAAGUCUCAUUUCACUGAACUUAAGUAGUUCAGUAUAUACUAGUUCAAGACUGAGUAGUAGUUCAAGUUUUAGUACUUCAAGCAUAAAUUCCUUGAACUUUAGUAUCCCUAGUUUGAGUUUGUCAAGUUCUUUGAGUUCAAGAUUAGAAAAUAGUUCUGGCAGUUCCAGUCUAAGUAAUCUGGGACAAAGCAUUUCACUUUCUUUGAGUCCAUACUCAAGGCUAAGUAAUUUUGCUUUAAAUUCUGCAAGUUCAAGCUCAAAUCAGAGUUCUAGCAGCUCAAUUCUUAUAACUUCCAGAAGAAGCAUUUCGAGUCCUAGUAUAUCAAGUUCAAAUAUUGCUAUUUCUAUGAGUUUAAGCUCACAUCUAAGUUUUAGUAGCCCUAUUUUAAAUAGUCUGAGACCUAGUCUGUUAAUUUCAACAAAACCAAGUUCAAAUCAGAGUUCUAGCAGCUCAGUUCUAAGCUUAAGAUGUUCAGUUCUUAGUAUCCCAAGUUCUUCAGGCUCUUUAAGUCCAGGGUUACAGCUGAAUUCAAGUAGCUCAGAGCUCAAGAGUCUGGGACAACCACUUCAUUGUCUAUGA